AAAGUCUUCCCUCUGCUUGAUCUUCUCCGUUGUUUGGCCUGUACAUCAGUUGUCUCCCACUUGCUUUUCAUUGGACCCUCGACUCCCACGACUGAUAAUACCACUUCUCUCCCCAACGCCGCUCCUCCAUUCACGAAUCUACUUCGACUCAGCCUUCGUCAGACUGAUUUGCCCUCAACCAACUGUCUCUUAGUGUUGCGCCUUAUCGCUAAUGGUCUGGCCACUCUCUGCGCCGACUCUCUUGCUACUGAGACCAAUGACGACAAUAGAAUCACCGACCUUUCAACUGGACUCACCUAUCUUAUCGAGUGUGCUAAUGAAGUUGCUCAACUGGUUACUGAUCCUACCCGACUUCAGUUAGAGUUGAAGAAGCAGCAUCAGGUGAAUUAA